GUCACAUACUCACAUAACAAAACAAAACAAAAAAACCUUUUCCCUUCGCCUGUGAAAAACACCAAAAUGAGCAAGGUAAAUGUGCAAAUAGUGUGUGGAAUCUUGCUCAUUUUGGUAUUGAUUCAAUCAAUUUCCGGGCAUAAGGUUUACAGGGUAGGUGAUAAUCAAGGUUGGAAUCCGAACGUUGACUUUAAGGCCUGGUCUGCUAGAAAGACGUUCCAUCUGGGUGACGUUCUUGAAUUCAAUUAUGGAGAAGGUUUAGAAGUGCAGGAGGUGUCAGCCAAGGUUUUCCAAUCUUGUAACCACAAUGGCGCCGUCAUAUUCGAAGAUCAUUCGGGGAAAACUGCCAUCCCCCUUCGACGUAACGGAUCUCAUUACUUCAUUUGUGGUGUGUUUGAUUAUUGUAACCAUGGCAUGAAACUGAACAUUACAGUAAAUUGAUACAAAUGUAACUGUGGUUCUUGUUAUCACAAUUUACAUGUCGUUCCAUCAUUGUAUGUUGUUACAAGUUGAUCUUUAGCUUAUUUCUCUUACAAAAUUUUGAGAUUAUUGUUAGAGAAGUGGAUAGUUAAACAAUUGAACUCACACGAUGAAUGUAAUAUACUCCAUAUUAAUAAUUAUUGUUUGGUGACA